GAGUACCAAGCGCACAACAACGAGAUUGGAAAGAUAUAGUUCAUCUGGGUUUCCUAGGGUUUCCUACCACCGCUUCCUCCUCCUUGUACACGCCAAUCUCCACCGCCCCGAUGAAACCAGGCUUCAUCUGAUUCCUCUUCACCACUCUCCUUCUCCGUCUUGCAACCCUCUCCUCAAUCGAUUCCUAUUAUCAUGAAUCCAAUCUUCGUCGUCCACAACCUUCGCGUCUUCGGUCCCGGCUUGAAUCCGUUUGCACCCUAUUGCAUCGCCAAUCACUCUCUUCUCUCUCGCUAAUUCCCCUUCCCUCACCACCCUAAUCUCUUCAAUUCCUCAAAAAAACAUGUAAAUUAAGCCAUCUUCCAGAUUCCGUUGAGUAUCCUGCAAUCUGAGAUUGAAACUGGUUGUACCAGAACCCAGUACCUUGUGUGAUUCUAGGGUUUGGGUAUUUUGUUAUUGCUGUUGUUCUCGUUGUUGUUGUUGUUAUUUAUUAUCAUCACGGUUUUUUUUGUUGUUGCGUUGAUUGAGAUAUGAUCGAGGAACAGCCAUUUGAAUUGCGAAAGAGCCCUUCGCGAAGGCGCUUGUUGAGACCUGCGGUUGGUACCGAUGACAGGGGUUGGACCUUGCUUCAUGUUGGUUCUCGCAAAGGUGAUAUCAAACUGGUGAGAAAACUUCUCAAGGAAGGAACAGAUGUCAAUGUGUCUGCAGGGGGCCCUAAAUCAAAAGGGGUGACACCCCUCCACCUCGCUGCUGAAGGUGGUCACCUUGGAGUCAUGGAUGAACUGCUUGAGCGUGGUGCCAACAUUGAUGCCAGAACAAAAGGGGCUUGUGGCUGGACUCCACUUCACAUUGCAGCCAAAGAGAGGAGGAAGGAUGCUGUGAAGUUCUUGAUAGAGAAUGGAGCUUUCUUGCCACCGGACAUCAAUGAUUGCCGAUUUAAUCCUCCUCUUCAUUACUGCCCAGGACUUGAAUGGGCCUAUGAAGAGAUGAAGCGAAUUCGACAUGUAGACUCAUCUGCUGGGGAGACAUCUUGCAGCUCUGAAAGUUAAUUUGCUUUCUGGGAUUCGGUUGAUGUUUGGAUCUCUAUCUUGUGUGAAUAAAUGUAGAAUUGAAACAAACAACUUACUAUGCAUGAUUUGCUUCAUGGGACUGAGUUACUAUUUUAGUACUUUGGAUGCUCUUAUUAUGGAAACUAUGAUGUACGGUGAUUAAUGUUGCGUGUAUUUUCUUGGUGGGUGCACUUUCCAUAUGGACAAUGAAAUGGGUAUCAUCCUGCAAUUUUAAUAUAUUUUUCGUUUUUGAGAA